AGCCAGUGAUUUGAAUUUGUAGCCACGCCCCCGUGUCUCCAUGGUUUCGGAUCACGUGAUGGAGAAUUUUGACAGCGAGAUGCGGAGAGGGAACCGGAGGACAUCAGCCGCGGCAGCAGGACGGGUCCGGUGUCACUGAUCCAGAGGAUCGGGCAGCAAUGGAGAACCCAGACGUAACAGUGAAGCCGUCCCCUUCCCUGGAUGAACAUGAAGGCCCGUACUUGAGCAAAACCUGCUCCAUAACAGAGGAGCUCCUCCUGGAAGACAUGCUGAAGAGGAAACUGAAAUUCUUCUUUAUGAAUCCCUGUGAAAAAUUUAGAGCUCGUGGUCGCAAGCCGUGGAAACUUUGUAUUCAGAUCCUAAAAAUAGCAUUGGUGACAAUUCAGCUGGUGUUAUUUGGGCUCAGUAAUGAGAUGGUCGUCAGCUUCAAGGAGGAGAACACUUUGGCCUUCAAGCAUUUGUUUCUAAAGGACUACAAGGACGCCAAAGAUGAUACCUAUGCCGUCUAUCGCCAGGAGGACGUCUAUGAUCACAUCACCUUUACCAUACAGCGGUACUUGGAGCUCAGAAAUAUAUCGGUCGGGAACCAUGCCUACGAGAGGAUGGCAGGAGGGCAGCGCGGGAUGACUGUCUGCAAGUACUUCUAUAAACAGGGGAGCAUCUUUCCUGGAAAUGAAACAUUUGAUAUUGACCCCAAGAUUGAGACAGAAUGCUUCACCGUGGAACCAAUGACACCUAUAAGUGAUCUCUCCCUGGAUGACAAGUCCUGGAACAUGACGCUAGAUUUCUAUCGGCUCAUCUCAGUGGAGAUCAUGUUCAAGCUGAAAGCGAUCAAUCUACAGACCAUACGUCACCAUGAACUCCCUGACUGCUAUGACUUUACAGUGACAAUCACAUUCGACAAUAAAGCGCACAGUGGGCGCAUUAAAAUAAGUUUAGACAAUGAUGUUGGCAUCCAGGAAUGCAGAGACUGGCACGUGUCUGGGUCCAUACAGAAGAAUACCCAUUACAUGAUGAUAUUUGAUGCAGUUAUAAUCCUCACCUGUAUAUCUUCCAUAAGUCUCUGUAUACGAUCUGUGGUUCGAGGCAUUCACCUCCAGAGGGAAUAUGUAACCUAUGUCCAACAACGAUUCUCAAAGACUGUGCCCUGGUCAGAAAAGAUGGAGUUUGUCAACGGCUGGUACAUCUUAAUCAUCGUGAGCGAUAUCCUGUCCAUCGUAGGUUCCAUUCUGAAAAUGGAGAUCCAGGCAAAGAGUCUGACUAGUUAUGAUGUGUGCAGUAUUCUCCUGGGAACAGCUACCAUGUUGGUCUGGCUUGGCGUCAUCCGCUAUUUAGGAUUUUUCCGGAAAUACAAUAUCCUUAUCCUGACUCUGAGGGCGGCGCUUCCUAAUGUCAUUCGCUUCUGUUGCUGCGCCGCCAUGAUCUAUCUGGGCUACUGCUUCUGUGGUUGGAUUGUCCUGGGACCGUAUCACAUCAAGUUCAGGUCCCUGAACGUGGUGUCCGAAUGUCUGUUCUCCCUCAUAAACGGAGACGAUAUGUUCACGACGUUUUCCAUCAUGCAACAGAAAAGUUACUUGGUCUGGUUGUUCAGCCGGGUUUAUCUCUACUCCUUCAUCAGUCUGUUCAUUUACAUGGUCCUGAGUCUGUUUAUUGCCCUCAUCACUGACACCUAUGAUACAAUAAAGAAUUACCAAAAAGAUGGUUUUCCAGAGUCUGAGCUUCACACUUUUGUAUCAGAGUGUAAGGAUUUACCCACUUCUGGGCGUUACAGAGAAGUGGAGGACAUGUCCUCGUCGCUGCUGUGUUGCUGUAAACGGUAGAAGUAAUUCAGAAGAUUGUGGUGUCUCCGAAUGUGGAAUAUCUCUGGAUACAAACGUGGAAACAUUUUUAACCCUAAAGUGCUGCUACUUUCUGUUGAAAUACUUCUGGAAGCUCUCAGAACUUGCUUUAUGUGACAUGAAGUAGUUUCAGGGACUUUUCUGUACUUUCUGUCAGCCAUCUUAUUGAAAAACACUACAGCUGGACUCUCCUAAACCUGAAACGGCUGAUAACAUGGGACAAUGGAUUGUAACAAACUGCACAACAAAUGUACAUAGGCCGACAUUUAUCAUUGUAGGUGUAAGUGAAGCAUUUAUCAUUGUAGGUGUAAGUGAAGCAUUUAUCAUUGUAGGUGUAAGUGAAGCAUUUAUCAUUGUAGGUGCAAGUGAAGCAUUUUUCUACACCUUUUUUUUGUGUGCUGAUAAUGUGUAGGAGCAACAAAUUUAUUAAAGGGGUACUCUGGUGGAAAACUUUAGGUAAUAGGUGCCCAAGGCUCAGUGAUGUGUGUGGGGAGCAGAAGCUAGUCUGGCAAGCCCGAUCCUGAAGAAGAGUCACUGUAGCACAGGUUGAUGACAAAAUUAAAGGGGUACUCUUUACUUUUUAUUUUAUUUUUUUAAUCAACUGGUGCCAGAAAGUUAAACAGAUUUGUAAAUGACUUCUAUUAAAAAAUC